CUCUAAACUGGACCGUGAAUGGCCAUCAAUGGCCAUGUGUAAUGAGCGUAAUGUGGCGUAAUGAGCUCCGACUGGCUCCGAGCCGACUGUGUAUCAAAUAAUUUACGAAUUUAUUUGCAAAUAAAACGUGCUAUUUGAAUUAUGAUAAUUUCUCUAAACAAGGUAAUUAUAUGUAUUGAAAAGGAACUCAACGAUACUUCGUUUAUGGUAACACCGGGUAACACGUGUUCACUAAAAUUAAAAUGAGCUAAAAAACUUACAGAGUUAUGAGAACGAACUCAAAUACUGUAACGUUUUCGCGUAAAUACUUUUCGAAGCCUUCAAAUUAUUUAUCGGUUUCGAGGUUUUACAUAUGAUCUGGAUCAUAUUAAAAACUGAUCGCAAGAACAUAAACUGAUUUAUACUGUACAUAGAAGUACGCUUGUUACAGAAAAAUGCCAGACAUUAAAAUCACUCCUUUGGGAGCUGGUCAGGAUGUUGGGAGAAGUUGCAUUCUAGUUUCAAUGGGCGGAAAGAAUAUCAUGCUUGAUUGUGGUAUGCAUAUGGGCUUCAAUGACGAAAGACGAUUCCCAGAUUUUUCAUACAUAGUCCCAGAAGGACCAGCAACCAAUUAUAUAGACUGUGUGAUCAUUUCACACUUUCAUUUAGAUCACUGUGGUGCUUUACCAUAUUUCACAGAAAUGGUGGGAUAUACUGGUCCGAUCUACAUGACGCAUCCAACAAAAGCCAUUGCACCUAUUCUGCUUGAAGAUAUGAGGAAAGUCGCAGUCGAACGUAAAGGAGAGAGCAAUUUUUUCACAUCACAGAUGAUAAAGGAUUGUAUGAAAAAAGUGAUCGCUGUUACGCUGCAUCAAUCUGUGAUGGUCAAUUCGGAACUAGAAAUUAAGGCGUAUUAUGCGGGACACGUAUUGGGAGCUGCGAUGUUUUGGAUACGCGUUGGUUCUCAGUCUAUUGUAUAUACCGGGGAUUAUAAUAUGACUCCUGAUAGACAUUUAGGCGCUGCUUGGAUAGAUAAAUGUAGGCCAGAUAUAUUAAUAUCGGAAUCAACAUAUGCAACGACGAUUAGAGAUUCCAAGAGGUGUAGGGAAAGAGAUUUCCUGAAGAAAGUUCACGAAUGUAUAGACAGAGGCGGGAAAGUGUUGAUCCCCGUGUUUGCUCUCGGCCGUGCGCAAGAGCUUUGCAUAUUAUUGGAAACAUAUUGGGAGCGAAUGAAUCUUAAAGUUCCGGUCUAUUUUGCUUUAGGAUUGACCGAGAAGGCUAAUAACUAUUAUAAAAUGUUCAUCACUUGGACCAAUCAGAAGAUCAAGAAAACGUUUGUACAGAGAAAUAUGUUUGAAUUUAAACAUAUAAAACCAUUCGAUAAAGCGUACAUUGAUAAUCCCGGUGCAAUGGUAGUAUUCGCUACGCCAGGCAUGUUGCACGCUGGAUUGUCUUUACAGAUCUUCAAGAAAUGGGCUCCGAACGAAGCGAAUAUGGUCAUUAUGCCUGGAUUCUGUGUCCAAGGCACCAUCGGUCACAAAGUGUUAAACGGUACCCGGAGAAUUGAAUUCGAGAACCGGCAAAUCGUCGAAGUGAAAAUGGCAGUGGAAUACAUGUCGUUCUCCGCGCACGCCGACGCGAAAGGCAUUAUGCAGUUAAUACAGUACUGCGAACCGAAGAACGUUAUACUCGUGCACGGGGAAUUCGCGAAAAUGGAGUUCUUGAAAGAGAAGAUUAAACAAGAAUUCGGAAUCAAUUGUUACAACCCGGCGAACGGGGAGACUUGCAUUAUUACGACUAUUGCCAAAGUACCGGUGGACGCUUCUUUAGCUUUAUUGAAAGCGGAGGUGAAAAGGUACUCGGCUCUGCCGCCAGAUCCAAAGCGUCGAAGAUUGCUCCACAGUAUUUUGAUGCUACGGGAGGACGGGGCAUGUCUUGUAGACGCGGACGAGGUGACGAAAGCUGCGGGUAUAACGAAACACGUGGUACGAUUUACGUCCACUGUUCAAGUGAGGGAUCCCGGCCCGGCACAUUCGACAACUUUGAAGCUGUUGCAACCAUUAAAAGAAAGAUUAUCAGGUUGGACGGUUCAAUUAACGGAUGGGUCGAUAUCCGUGGAAUCCGUUUUGGUGAAAGUUGAGGGCGAUGAGGAUGAUCAGAAAAGCGUGUACGUCUCGUGGACAAAUCAGGACGAAGACUUGGGUAGCUAUAUUUUAGGAUUUUUACAAACGAUGUUGAAUUAAAUAGAUAGAUAAAGAAUUCUUUUGUACCUAGUAUCAUUACUGCAGCGAAUAUAUUUUUGUAGUAAAUGAAAUGCAUUUUUUUAAUAAGAAUAUCACCCACUGAAUGUGAUUGAUUCGUUAUUAAAAUAUGACCGAAGGGGUUCUUAAAAAUAACUUGCCAUAGACACAAGAAAAUAGACCGACCGCCCAAUGUAUUUCUAUUGACCUCGUGGGAGAUACAGGAAACGGGCUUUCGCCGAGUCUCUCUGUUCUCUAACUUGGGCGCUCGGCCUGUUUUCAUAUAAGUAACUUGCAUCGUUCUGUAUAGUUAGAAAUUAUUAUUGAAAUUCGUAUAUUAUGUAACAUGAAAUAAAACAAUGAUCUUUAUGUUAACUAUCUCUAUUUUACUAAAUGUAAAAUAUAAAUAAGUACAGCGUGAAACAAACGCGAUUUUGUAAAUAAACGAAACAAUGAUACUUUACGAAACUAAAUGUUCAAUACAUUGUAGUAGAGUAUUAAUGACUGUUUAAUAGUUUUCAACGUUACAUCAUAAUAAAAAUAUAAUUGUUCUUGUAAAAUAAACUAACACAACAAUGAUUUCAAUAAACGCUCCGUUAAAUGCCCCAAU